ACCAGCCAGCGCAGCGAACGCACCUCGAAAGUAUCUGAAUCUGAGUAUCUGAAAGAGCGAAACCCAGAACGAAGUGAACGAACUUGAAAAUACGAAAGCGACGUGUGUGUGCCAGCAACAAAGAACUAACCCGAUAAACAUCCAUUGUGCCGAGGAGAAAGUCAUUGAGUCACCGGCAAUUGUGUAAUUCCGAGACCAGCGAUAACCCACAAUGGCAGUGGCAUUCUUCAUACCCGAUCAGGCGACCCUGCUGCGGGAGGCGGAGCAGAAGGAGCAGCAGAUCCUCCGCCUGCGGGAGUCCCAGUGGCGGUUCCUGGCCACCGUCGUCCUGGAAACCCUGCGCCAGUACAGCCCAUGUCGCCCGAGGACCGGCAGGAAGUCCGGCAAAUUUCGCAAACCAUCGCAGUGAGGCGUUCGAAUAACUAACUACCACGGGGGAGAUCCAAUAGUCCAGUCCAAAAUCCAGAGUACAAAGGAAAUAAGCAUGAGCCAGCCCAGAUCACAGCCAUCACUCAACAGCCGACGGCACUCGAUUUCUACAGCAGUCAAGGAUACAGGCCAACAGCAUCACCCACCCACUCUUAGUUUACUCAUCAAAGCGAUUGUGAUAAUGGUUUUGUUUCUAUACAAAAAAUCGAAAGCAAAAUUUUUAAAUCCUUAAAAAUCUUUUUAUUUCCCCAAUUUUGUACGGUCAUUUUUUGAAGAGAAAAAAUAAUUUCUUUAGAAAUAAUUUACACUUAAAGCCUAUUUAAAUGAAUUACCACUGUACUAGUUUGUAAGUUCUUUUGUAAGCAAAGUUUUUCUAAGUUUUUCUUAAGAGCAAAACCCAGGAAAGAAAAAAUCGAAGCAUAGUUGGCUAAAAAUUGCAUCAAUUUUUUGUCAAACAAAAAGUCAAU